CCGCGUUCCCGCGUGCGGCGGCUGCGAGGGGCUGCGGGCCCCGGCGGCGGCGCGGAGGAUGCCGCUGGGGCUGAAGCCCACGUGCAGCGUGUGCCGCAGCACCUCCUCCUCCAUGUGGAAGAAGGGCGGCCAAGGCGAGAUCCUCUGCAACAACUGCACGGCGCGCUCCGCGCCGCCCGGGCCUGGCGCCUUCGCCACCACCUCGGCCGCCGCCCAGCACAGCAACGGCGGCGGCGGCGGCGGCGGCAAGCAGAGCAAGCAGGAAAUCCACCGGCGGUCUGCGCGGCUGCGGAACACCAAGUACAAGUCAGCCCCUGCUGCGGAGAAGAAGGUUUCCACGAAGGGCAAAGGGAGGAGGCACAUUUUCAAGUUAAAAAAUCCCAUUAAGGCUCCUGAAUCUGUAUCCACUAUAAUUACAGCAGAAUCAAUCUUUUAUAAGGGUGUGUACUAUCAAAUUGGAGAUGUUGUUUCAGUGGUUGAUGAGCAGGAUGGAAAAACAUACUAUGCUCAGAUCCGUGGGUUUAUUCAGGACCAAUACUGUGAAAAGAGCGCUGCACUAACCUGGCUCAUUCCAACACAAGCCAGCCCCAAAGAUUGUUUUGAUGCUGCAUCUUAUAUCAUAGGACCAGAAGAAGAUCUCCCAAGGAAAAUGGAAUAUUUGGAAUUUGUUUGUCACGCACCCUCAGAAUAUUUCAAAUCUCGAUCAUCUCCCUUCCCUACUGUUCCUACAAGACCAGAGAAAGGCUAUAUAUGGACUCAUGUGGGACCUACUCCAGCAAUCUCCAUUAAAGAAACUGUUACCAAUAACUUAUAAUUUUUUUAAAAAGGAAUACUCUGGACUAGUUAUUUUGGGUGUAUUCUCAGGUCUGUGAACCCCAUACAAGAAGUUUUUAAAAAAUUAUAAAAGGUUCAGGUUACUUCAUGGACUGUGGUACUUAUUUUAAGUUACAUCAGAUCUUUAAAGUGGAAGUUCUCUUUCUGUUUGAUGUGUCUUUUCCAUGUUUCAUUCUUCAGUCGUUGUUGCUCAGCUACAAAUUUUAUCUUCCAGUUCAGUAAGGAUAUGAAUGACUUAAAGUUGCCUUUAAUGUUGUUAUUUUCUAACUUAUUUCCAGUAAAUGAGUUACAAUCCAUACUUCUAAUCAUCCAGCGCUUUAUUUACUUCUUUAACAUAGUUUACUAUGACUGUAAUUUGUGGGUUUUUUCCUAAAAAUAACUUAAGACUAGUUUCAAAUAAACACUUUUGAGGGUCUAAACUUGAGCAGUGAUGCAGUUAAGCUUUCUGUUCCACUAGAGAGAAGUGAUCUCCUUUGAUAUUUGUUCUUUAAACUAGAAUCUGUUUUCAUAGCGGUAUGUACAAUAUGGCUGUGGUCUUGUUCAGCUGUCCUCUUUUAAAGGAAGUUUGUUCAGCUGAAUCUAAAAAAUGUGCACCUAUGUAGCUUUCUGCUGAACUUUAUUUACACUUGGGGAUAUAUUUCUUAUUAAGAUGGACACAAAUUAAAGAAUUAAUGUUCUUUGA